CCGGGGCCACCUGAUGCCGAGUGACUUCUUGGCUCCGAGGGCUCCUCGAGUGUGUCCCUGUGUAUCCCUGUCUGCUAAAAAUUUUCUGCUUUAAUUUCUAAUGCUAUAAACAUCAAUGGUUGUAAUCCGUGUAGACAAAAGCUCUUUGGGGGCUGAGACCAAGAAGUUUGAGAACUCCUCACUUGGAAGUUUGAUCGUGGGAGCAGAAUGCAGAUGGCAGCAGGAGUUAGGGGACGUGUCCCCAGUUUACGCCGGUGUCUCUGAUGGAGCCUGGACAGGGGUUUCUCGCCGUGUUUCAGCCUAGCUCUUUCAGUCUCACGUGGCAACAAAAACAACUUGUAUAUCCUCACAAGUAUCUGAUGAUGAACAUAGGCAAAAAAGAGAAAAUAUUCGUUCUUUAACUAUGUCUGGCCAUGUUGGUUUUGAGAGUUUGCCUGAUCAGCUGGUCAAUAGAUCCGUUCAGCAAGGCUUCUGUUUUAAUAUUCUCUGUGUGGGGGAGACUGGAAUUGGAAAAUCAACGUUGAUUGAUACAUUGUUUAAUACUAAUUUUGAAGACCAUGAAUCCUCACAUUUUUACCCACAUGUUAAACUUAAAGCUCAGACAUAUGAACUCCAGGAAAGUAAUGUUCGAUUAAAAUUGACCAUUGUGAAUACAGUGGGAUUUGGUGACCAAAUAAACAAAGAAGAGAGCUACCAACCAGUAGUUGACUACAUAGAUGCUCAGUUUGAGGCCUAUCUCCAAGAAGAACUGAAGAUUAAGCGUUCUCUCUUUAACUACCAUGACUCUCGUAUCCAUGUGUGCCUCUACUUCAUCUCACCAACAGGCCACUCUCUGAAGACACUUGAUCUCUUAACCAUGAAGAGCCUUGACAGCAAAGUGAACAUUAUACCAGUGAUUGCCAAAGCAGAUGCAGUUUCUAAAACUGAAUUACAGAAGUUUAAGAUCAAGCUCAUGAGUGAAUUGGUCAGCAAUGGUGUCCAGAUAUACCAGUUCCCAACAGAUGAUGAAACUAUUGCUAAAAUCAAUGCCUCAAUGAAUGGACAUUUGCCGUUUGCUGUGGUAGGAAGUAUGGAUGAGGUAAAAGUUGGAAAUAAGAUGGUCAAAGCUCGCCAGUACCCUUGGGGUGUUGUACAAGUGGAAAAUGAAAACCAUUGUGACUUUGUAAAGCUCCGGGAAAUGCUCAUUUGUACAAACAUGGAGGAUCUGCGAGAACAGACCCACACAAGGCACUAUGAACUUUACAGGCGUUGCAAACUGGAGGAAAUGGGCUUUACAGAUGUGGGCCCAGAGAAUAAGCCACUCAGUCUUCAAGAGACCUACGAAGCCAAAAGACAUGAAUUUUAUGGUGAACGUCAGAGGAAGGAAGAAGAAAUGAAGCAGAUGUUUGUGCAGCGAGUAAAGGAGAAAGAAGCCAUACUGAAAGAAGCUGAAAGAGAGCUACAGGCCAAAUUUGAGCACCUUAAACGAGUUCACCAAGAAGAGAGAAUGAAGCUUGAAGAAAAGAGAAGACUUUUGGAAGAAGAAAUAAUUGCUUUCUCCAAAAAGAAAGCUACCUCCGAGAUAUACCAGAACCAGAGCUUUAUGGCAUCCGGCAGCAACCUGAAGAGGGACAAGGACCGUAAGAAUGCUGCUCACUGUCCGCUUCCUUACUUCUCGUCUGCCUCCUGCAACUCAGAUGUCAGCUCCUUGAGAGCAGAGACCUUGUCCCUCCUGUUCACUGUUCCUCUGGAACAGCCCUGGCACAUAUUAGGUGCUCAGCAGAUAUUUGCCAAAAUGAGUAAAUAAAUGAAUGAACAAAAUAAAAAUACAUCACAAUGUAAAAAAGGGUCAGUUCCUUGGGGAAAAAAAUUGGCUGCUCUUAUUUCCUGGCCCAGCCUGUGGCUCUAGUACACACCUGGUAACUGCUGACCUUCCCAGUAGAUAUGUUGAAUUUCAUAUCUAAAUGGAAGCUGCACUUUGUUGGGGAAUCAUAGGCAUAAAAUAAUACUUGAUUAGCAAAACUAAUUCUUAGGUUCACUUUUUUUUUUUUUUUUAAAGAAAUUCUACUGAUAAUGAUUUUGUGAGAAUUUUUAUUUUAAUAAGGGAACCAGGCUAUCGAUUCGAACUCCUGUGCUUUGAUGUCAGAGCUUGUGAAACGAGUGGUGGACGUAAAGAUGCAGAGGAAGGUAGAGAGGGCCCCAGUACAAUGGGGCGGCCAUGAGUAGCAUUUGGAUGAUAAUCUCAAGGCUUAUAGGUGUGGGGUAUGUGUUAAAAUCAAAGUUACCAAAGUUUUAGAAAAUAAGUUUUUUUCCCUCUUCUGUACUUCUUGUGCUUCAUUUUAUUUCUUCCACUUAAAAUGUCCUUGUCAGUUUGCCUAUUUGACUGUUCUUGAAAUUCAUUGUUGACUUGUUCUGUCAAGAAUGCUCCUUUGUGGGUCUUUGCCUCAGUUUACUCCAACUACCUGUGCUUUAGCAGCAUCCAAUCCUCCUUAUGUUCCUCAUGGAGCAACACUUCUAAUUUAAUUUUAUCACCACAUUUUAUUUCAAAUGUAGCAUUUUCAGAUAUUGUUAAUUCAACUUCAAAAUAGUUAGGAAAACAUAACCUUCUCCCAUGGUGGCGUUCCAUUUUUGAACCAAGGAGAAGUAAAUCCACAGAGUUUGGGUGGAUUUAGUUGGCCUGUAAAUUUUAUAGUUUUGGGGGAAGAAAGAAGGAAUUUUCAUGUAUGAUCUUUUAAUGUAAUCUCUACAAGGGCGUGGAUCUUUGUUUUGUUCCUUGACGUAUCCACCCCCAGCUCCUAGAACAGUGCCUGGUGCUUAGUAGGCAUGUAAUCAUUUGUCGAAAGAAUGAAUACAAUUCAUAAAAGCUAUGUUUUAUUCAAGCACUGAUUUUCAAAAAGUAAACUAAAAAUAUAAUUUAUUACUGCUUUUCAAUAUUCUUUGAAUUAUAAAGCUAAGGGAACUUUUACCUUCUUAUCCUUUCAUCUUAAUGCAGUGUUACUAAAAUUGGAUUCCCCAAUUUUAUUCCAUAAACGAAAGACAAUUUACCUUGUAAAAACUGUCACCCUGUUCCACUUGAGAAUCAUUAGUAUGUGCUGUUGUUUACAAAAUCACAGCCAAGCCCAUAGCUUUUUGAGAGCUCAGAAUUAAUUAAUUCUCAAGAAAACAGUUUGGUGUUUUUUUGUUUUUUCUUUUCUAAAAUCCCAUAGCUAAAUAUCCUAUAGUAUAUUAGAUGUAUAUUUGCUCUUUCUAUAAAAGCUUUGUAAAACUAAUGAUUCUAGUAAUUUUUAUUUCCUAUAUGAUUUUCUGUUGUACCAAUCAGAAGUUUUUUCU